AUGAUCGUCGGAGGAGACGGAGGCGGUAUUGCUGAACCUGGAACUGGCAAGCACUCUGUCCUUUUUCUUGAGAUCUGCCUGACUCAAAAUUGGCUCAUCUUCAUUACCAGAAGCAAUGGACCUUUCUGGUCGACGAUGCCUUCGUGGAAGCUUAUUGGUGCCGUCGUUGUCGUUGACGUUACUGCAACGCUAUUCUGCAUGUUCGGCUGGCUCUCGGACUCUGGAGGAGCAAGCAUGGUUACCAUUGUCAAAGUAUGGGCCUUUUCCUUUGGCAUUUUUUGUUUGAUGGCUGGGCUCUAUUGUUUGCUUCGAAGUAAUGCUAUGGUCAAGAGCGCCACGCAACUCCCGUACGGAACAUCAACUAUGAGGAUCAAGCGCACCCAGAUGCAGAGCUCAUCCGACGACUAUUCCAAAACUCAGCAAGAGACAGGCCCAUAG